CCUCACAUGGCUCUCUCACCGUCCAAGGGCAUAGUUGUAACUAUCCCCGUGCUGGUCCUCACGGCCUCGCUCGCCGCCGUGUUCUUCUUCCUCCUCCUGUCGUCGUUCUCGUCCUGCACCUGCGGCGGUGGCCGCGUCGCCGUCGCCGGAGUUCCGAGUGCUCCGGUGAGCGGCGGAGGAGAUGCGGCGACGGAGAGGGAGCGGGAGAGCGGCGGCGAGACGAUACGGUCGUCGGAGGAGGAUGUGGAGUGGGUGAAGGAUCAGAUCCGAGUGAAUGGGCUGCAUAUGCAGGAUAACGUGUUGCGUAAGGGAAUUAACCCUAGGACUAGGGCUCAGCAGCUCCAGGAUCUCUUGCAGUACAAGGGUAUAUCUCACUAUGAAGGACCAGAGUCUGGUAAUCACACUGCCCUCCCAUGCCCUGGUGAGCUCCUUACUGAGGAGCAUCACAGUAACUAUGGUGAGCCUUGGGCAGGUGGGCGAGAUGUUUUUGAGUUCCUUGCUCAAUCAAGUCAUCUGAAGCCUGAUUCAAAGGUACUUGAGAUUGGCUGUGGUACUCUCCGAGUUGGUUUGCAUUUCAUCCGCUAUCUUCGUCCUGGACACUUCCACUGUCUCGAAAGAGACGAGCUCUCAUUAAUGGCUGCCUUUAGAUAUGAGCUUCCUUCUCAAGGUCUUCUGCAUAAGCGCCCUUUAAUUGUGAAAGGUGACAACAUGGACUUCUCUAGAUUUGGUUCACAUGUUGUGUAUGACUUGAUCUAUGCUAGUGCUGUGUUUCUUCAUAUGCCUGGUGAUCUUGUGUGGACUGGGUUGGAGAGAUUGACAACUAAAUUGAAACCUUUUGAUGGGCGUAUCUUUGUGUCUCAUAAUAUCAAGUUCUGCUCACGAUUGGGAAGAGAAGAGUGUACAAAACGGCUUACGAGGCUGGGCCUGGAGUAUGUCGGAAAACAUACACACGACAGCUUGCUGUUUAAUCAUUAUGAGAUCUGGUUCGAGUUUAAGCGGACAAGGGCUUAGAGUUUGCAUUCAUUUAUUCAUUUGUGUUUCGGGUCCUAACUAAUGUGCAUGAUGUGAAGCAGUGGGUGGCUGCAGUGCUGUUGUAGUAUUGGUUUGACAUCUCUGGCCACCUUUCUUUAAAGAUCAAGCCGUAACUUCCUAUUUAUGAGUGUAGGUUUUAGAGUGCGGAUCGGUGUAGUCUACUUGUAUGAAUCAUCAGUUUGUGCAGGAGGGUGUAGCCUGCUUUGUAUUUUUGAAUAGGAAAUGAAGUACAUGUACGAUUCUGAUAACACUUGCAAUGAGUUAUAUAAGCAAUUCAUUCUUUCC